AUGACAUCAGCAACAUCGUCAUCGUCCACAACAUCAUCAUCGUCAACAACAACAACAACAACAAUUCCUGCCAUCAUUCCUCGAGCUGCCGUGGCAGUGACGGUCCAAACAGUCUUUCAAGGAACGUAUUAUUAUCUAUUGAUUCAACGCAAGAAUCCACCCGACGCUGGGAAAUGGUCCCUUCCGGGUGGUAACAUUGAAUUGGGGGAACCGACGUUGCAAGCGGCCCAACGAGAAUUGCAAGAAGAAACCAAUGUAGCAUCAUCCAACGACUGCUGCCAAUGGUAUCCAUAUCCCUUCAUGACGACCGAUGCGAUUGUUC